UAAGUAAUUCAAGGGCGGUGAGUACACUCGGGAGUAACAAGAUGGGUAAUGGUAAUAGCCGAAUGCUUUUUGUACAUUUGCUUAAAAAUAUGCUUCACACUCGUGGAGCAAAGGUAGGGCAUCAACAAUUACGUAAUUUCCUGGAGUUUGUAGAGAAAGUUUGUCCUUGGUUUCCUGAAGAAGGCACAGUAGAUUUAGAAGUAUGGAAUAAGGUGGGAAAGCAACUUCAGGACUAUUACGAUGGUCAUGGAUCCACUAAAGUUCCUAUAGAUACUUUUAGUUUAUGGGCUUUAAUUAGAGAUAGUUUGGACCCUCAGCAUGAGAGAGAGAGGGUUAAAGGACCCUCCUCAAGUCCUUCCUUGGAGGAGUCUGAUAAGACUGAUGUUCCCGAGGUUGUCCCUCCGCCUCCUAUAGAAAGUGAAACUAAGCCAUCUGCUCCACCAGUGUAUGCUGAUGCGGAGCCUGCACUAAGGAAGGGCCUUUUUCCAGAUGAGGGUCCCUUAGAGCCGGGAGAUGCUGAUGAUUUGGAAGAAGAGGCUGCUAGGUAUAACAAUGAGGACUGGACCCCCCUCCCUGUUGUAGCCACGGCCAAAAAACCCGAAAAAUUCAAAUGGUCAACGAAUGAGGAUGUGACCGAAAAGAUUGCUAGGUUGGAAAAGACAUUGGAGUCUCUUUGCCAGCAGUGGCAGACAGGCUUAACGGUGGAAGAGGAAGACCAGAAGACUCAGGGAGAGGGAGGAAUGUUUCCUAGUAUAAUUGCUGGUCUUGAUCCCCCGCCGGUUGUAGGUCCAAAAUUUAAAAAAAAAGAAACUGACCCUCUUAUAGCCAUGAUCAAACAUCCACCAGGACCCAGACCUUUGUCUGUCAACUCUCGGUCUCUGUUGCCAUUACAAGCUACCCUGCAACAUGCGGUUGACAGAGGAGAAGAUACCCAGGGCUUUCAUUUAGCUUGUCCAGUAUUUGAGGAAGCUGAUGCUCAAGGGAAUAUGGUCAGAACGCAUCGGCCAAUACCUUUUAAACAGCUCAAAGAGCUAAAAAUAGCAUGUGCGCAAUAUGGUCCUACUGCACCUUUUACUCAGGCCAUGUUAGAAUCGCUGAGUACAGAUGCGCUGCUUCCAGGGCAUUGGAAACAGCUUGCCAAGGCAUGCUUGUCUGGGGGAGACUUUCUCCUUUGAAAAUCAGAAUUUUCCGAGCAGUGUCAGAGAACAGCUGAAUUAAAUCAAGCUAACAGAAAUGAUGUUGAUUAUGACAUGUUAGCAGGGGAGUGGCAAUAUGUGGACCUCGCCAAUCAAUUUUUCCUGCAGGAGUAUAUGCACAGGUCAAUACCACUGCCAAGCAGGCCUGGCAUAAGCUGCCUUCUACAGGAAGGCAGACAGAAGAUUUAUCUAAAAUUAGGCAGGGACCUGAUGAGCCUUUUCAAGAUUUUGUAGCCAGGUUAAUGCAGACUGCCAGUAGAUUGCUGGGGGAUUCCGAUGCAGGGUUAUUGCUGGUCAAACAACUAGCUUAUGAAAAUGCCAAUACCACCUGUCAGGCAGCCCUAAGACCAUUUAGAAAAAAAGGCACCAUUUCAGACUAUGUUAGAAUGUGUGCUGACAUUGGGGCUGCUUAUACUCAGGGCCUUGCCAUGGCAGCGGCUUUGCAAGGAAAAACCAUUAAAGAAGUGUUGUUCCAACAAUGAAAGAGGAAUCCCAAAGGCAGGGUUCCAGGUCCGUGAGGGAGUUGUUUUGGAUGUGGUCAAAUAGGCCAUCAGGUUUGGCAAUGUCCCAAUGAGACCCCUCCAGUUAAUUCGAACUAUGCAGGAAAAGGAAAUGGGCCUGGAUUGUGUCCCAGAUGCAAAAGAGGCAAUCAUUGGGCUAAUGAGUGUAAAUCCAAAAAGGAUGCCAUGGGAAAUAUUCUCCAGCAGGAAACAGGAGGAGGGGCCUGCCCCAGGCCCCACAACAAUGUUAUGGAGCACUUCAAACAUUCAUUCCCCAGCAAGGAAAUCCAUUCAGGAUCUCUUCAGAGCAACCACAGGCAGUGCAGGACUGGACCUCAGUCCCUCCGCCUUCACAGUAUUAACCCCAGAAAUGGGGAUGCAGGCCCUACCUACCGGAGUUUAUGGACCCCUACCAUCAGGGAUGAUAGGGUUGCUUUUAGGUCGAAGUAGCGCUACAAUGAAUGGUAUUCUGGUUGCUCCCCAGGUCAUAGAUGGGGAUUUCAUUGGAGAAAUUAAAAUUAUGACUCAUUCACCUACCGGGAUCUCUGUAAUGCAAGCAGGACAAUGUAUAGCGCAGUUGCUGUUGCUCCCUCAAGUGCUAACAAAUAAUCCAACAAAAAGAGAAAAAAGAGGAGAUGCUGGAUUUGGCUCCUCAGAUGUUUAUUGGGUGCAGUCUAUAGGAGCCCAAAGACCUGAGCUCACCCUGACAGUCAA